AUGUAUGUUUUAAUAUUAUUUUCUGGAAUUCUGGCAUUUCGCUUGGGAUAUUCAAUGAUUGAAGAAAUGACGACGCCCGGCGAUGUGGAGGACUGUUUUAAUAGUUACUACAGAAAGACGGAUGUACAACGCAGCAUUGGCGCCAAAAUUUACUGGAAAUGUAUGCAAAGAGCAGCAUGCAACCGAGCCAUGUUGAAUCAGGGUAGCAAUAUGACUGCGGAGGAGACACAUUUCAUUGAAAGUUUUCUCCCCCCUCCACAGGUGUUUUUUGGGGACGGGAUAGAUGUUUUUCAUCCUAAUUCUGAGCACAGAUGGAGGAAGGAGUACCGAAUGAUGACGGAAAAGGAGAGGCACGCUUACCACCAUGCCGUCAAUAUGUUAAAACGACUUCGGCUAGGUAAAUCCAACAGAUAUGACGUCAUAGCGGCUCUCCAUGAAGGCGCCAUUAUAAAUUCUGCACAUGAAGGACCAAACUUCAUGGGUUGGCAUAGAAUUUACCUCAUAGUGUUUGAAAACGCGCUAAGACAGAUAGUACCGGGUGUCACGAUCCCAUAUUUUGCCGGUGAUUUUGAUGAACCAUUGAGAGACUCAACGCAAUCUGUAUUGUUCUGCGAAAAAUUCUUCGGAAACGGAAAUGGUGUGGUGACAUCAGGACCUUAUGCAAACUGGUCAACUCCAUCCGGGCCACUUGUUCGUAACUACGGCGACGACGGGGAAUUAUGGACAACCGAGGGAAUACAAAGAAUUCUGAAUAAAACAAGGAACGCUGAAAUCAUUGCACCGAACGCGGAGGAGGAGGAUAAUCUAGAGGAUCAACAUGGCGGGAUUCACAACUGGAUAGGGGGAGGAAACGGACAGAUUGCUGAGCUAGAAACUUCCUCUCAAGAUCCCGUGUUUUUCAGUCUCCAUGCUUACGUGGAUUAUAUUUGGGAAAAGUUCAGAGAGAGACAAGCUAGUUUUGGAAUUGACCCUGCAAAAGAUUACCCCAAGGAUUACGGCGAACCGGUGCAUCAUCCGUUGAGACUUACAGGAUUCGCCACAUUGAGGAAUAUUGACGGCUAUUCUCAUGGCCUUGCAUCUUUGGUUAGUUACAAACCAAAACCUACUUGUACCAAACAAAUGCCGCAUUGCGGAUCACCGUACUUACGAUGUGAUACAAAAAGCAAUCCUCCGAGAUGCAUAUCGAAAACUAUAGCAAGCCUUUCUAGACAGAGCAAUUCCGACGACGAAGAGUGCAACACAACAGCAACAGACAAUGCUGUUCAGAACCGCUUCAGUUGCGACGGAACUCAAGAUAUUAGACAGUGGGUGUACAUUCCCGUGGAAAUCAUAUGUGUACGUCCACCCGAGAAGAAAAUGUACAAGUCUUACCCUGUCUUUAAUGGAAACCUGUACCGACGCGGUGAUAUCUACGCACCCAAAACGUAUGGAAUGGAAGAUGUACUUAAAACCGAUCGCUUAGCAAAAUAUUCGCGAUGCAGGGAUGAGACAGACAGAAAUGCGGGUCGUGUUACAAUUCAGUCACGUGGUCUAAAUUAUAAAGGUAUAUAUGCUGAAUUUGCACUUAUGGAUACAAGGUUAGCAAUGUCCAAUUCAAUGGCAUAUAUAGCUGUUAAAAAUCCUGACAAUGGUGUAUCAGAAGUUAUGCUGUCUGCUCGCGAUUCAUGCGGCAGGAUUUGUAAAGCAUACUGCAAAAACAACGCACCUGGAAGUUCGGAGUACAGACCCUGCAAUGGCGUCAUAAGAGUGACAUCACGGACACCAAAAUUAUAUGGAAGACAUUAUGGUGAAAACGUCUACGAAAUGUGGAAUCUACCGCUUGGUGAAAAUUGUCCAUCAAUCAAAAAGACCGAAGUCUCCAUUAAAUUUUUUUGUGACUUUAAAAAUGACUGGCCUUGGCAGAGUGAGCUUGUGUUACAGCGAAAGUUGAUGGGUCACUCAAGAUCACCAAUGCAAAAUAUGCCAAAUCAGCAGAUGAUUAUGCCAUCAAUGGUGCGAGGAAUUGUGCAUGAAAAUCGCAUACCACAUUUACAGCAAGAAUUUAUCAGGGAUAAUCGAAAAAUGCCUGGAUGUUUCUUGGGACAUAAUUGUGUUGUGGCUGGACGCUGUAAGCCUUGUCUAAAUGGUGAGAAACUCCAGUGUCUAAACACACACAUUAAUUUUGCCGUGUGCAACAAUGGUGCGUAUGUGAUUCGACGCUGCAUAGGACGAUCUCAUAUCAAAGGUCAAUCGCUUGUGUGUGUAGGUGACAUGUACAGAAAACAGUUUUUGUACUGA